GGUGUUUCAAAUACUGUUGUUGGACCUAGGGUCACAAUUACUGGGAACAAUGCUGUUCAUUUUAAUCCUGAUGGUGUAUCUCAAACCAGGGAGGAAUUGCUGGAAUUUUGUCAAAGGAACGCAAAAUCGUACCAACUAAUACUCGCUUCAAGAGACCUUUUCCAGUAAAUCUGGAAAAAAAAACGUACAAUGAAACAUUUACUUGCAGCAAAGCUGGGUCGUGUCGGUCUUAAUGGUUUAGAAAUGAACUCACCAUACGGAACUCCUCAGGCUUCUGGGUAUAAAUUUCUUGAUUCUUCCCCUUCACCAAUGGCAAUGUUUCCUCACACACCAUUAAUGACUUGGGUGAAUUGGAUUCGACACCUCGUAUCUGGUGGUCCAGCCUUUCGUAUCCCAUCUCCUUCUCAACGUGAACAGCUUGCCCACCAAUUAGCAGAUAAAGCAAGUCGUCAACGUGUGCGUGAUCGUUUGGAAGCAGUUAAAAGAAUGCAGUCAGCAGCAUCAAGUCCAUCACGGUCGCUACUCUCUCCUGCUGCUCUUCGUUUACUCGCUUCCAGCUCAUCGAUUUUAAAUAACGAACCAAACAGCCGACCUUCAACUGGCACUGCUCGUAUUGGUGGGCAGACAUGUUCUCCUCUUCCUAAAGUCAAUACUCCUCGGCGUGUUCCAUCUGAUUUGGGUGUUGUUAGACGUCCGAAUUCAGCACGUUCAACUCCUAAUUGCGAAUCGGUGAAACCUAACACUACUCAUAAGAAAAUUCCUCUAGAACGUGGUGAUAUCCAGGUUGAUAAACCGGAAUCUUCUUCAUCAAUUACAGAUAACCUACUGAAUUUAAAAUGUCAAAAUUUGUGAUUCUUUGUAUUUAUCAAAUCAGGAAAAUUUCAUGUAGAUAUGCCUCCAUUACUAUACUCAGACCCAUACUAUUUUGUACAGUAAAUGAGUAGUUUUUCUCUCUGUGAUU